AAAAACAGUGUUGGAAUUGAACCCGGCAACGGUGUCCUUUUUCGACAUUGGUGACCUUAUCCAUUUCAUUUCAAACAUUCAUCUUCCACAAACCUUUCAAAACUCUAAUGGCGCUUCUACGUAUUCCCUCUCCUCAAUUAUCCACAAAACACCACAAUGGAGUAAUAAUAACCUCUUUCUCCUCCUUAGACUUUAACAAGAACAAAACCUAUUCCAUCAACCCCAAAUCCAAUUCACUGUUUUCUUCAAUUCACUCUCUACGUCUAUCUAUUACUCAUACACAAACCUUAAUUAGAACCAAACAACAAGCCAAUUUUACUCUCAGAUUUGCGUCUACUUCCGAAGAACAACAAACUCAAGUAACCGAGGAAAACACUGAAGAAUUGUCUAGUACUAGGUUGCUUGCUGAGAAUGUUCCAUGGACAAGUACUGCCGAAGAUAUUCGUUCUUUAUUUGAAAAACAUGGAAAAGUCAUUGAUGUUGAGCUUUCUAUGUAUAAUAAGAACAGAAACAGAGGUUUAGCGUUUGUGGAAAUGAGUUCUCCAGAAGAGGCUCUUGCAGUUUUCAAUACUCUUCAAUCAUAUGAGUUUGAAGGCCGCGUAAUAACUCUCAAAUAUGCUCGGCCUAGAAAGGAGAAAACACCGCCGCCAGUGGAAAAAAAGCCAAUAACAUUUAACUUGUUUGUCGCAAACUUGUCCUAUGCAACGACGUCUAAAGAUCUCGGAGUGUUUUUUGACUCGGGGGCCAGGGGAGUUAUUUCUGCAGAUGUUAUAUACAACGAGAAUCCCAGAAGACCAUCUGGUUAUGGAUUUGUGUCCUUCAAGUCCAAGAAAGAAGCGGAUGAUGCUCUUUCCGCGUUUCAAGGAAAGAAUUUGAAGGGAAGACCGAUCAGAGUUGCACCUAGUAAGCGAUUUGUUCAACUGGCAGAGGAGGGUGCAGGGUCCGAAGAUAAAUCUUCUGAGUCGAGCGCGAACGAGGCAGUAACGGAGAAAGCUGAUUGAUAUGAUUAUUGUUGAUGUUGUAUGCCCUUGUUUCAAACAUUUUGACUGUUUUUCACAUUCUUACCAAUAAUACAAAGUCUUUAAUUGGUUAAAAUUAUGUAUGUUUUAUAGGUAUUUUCAGCUUUGUGAAUAUUUGUUACUUCAUAAUGACAUGCGAAAGCAGCAUAUCCGAUCA